AUGGCUACCAACAGUGGGCGAACAAAUCCUAUUGCCGCCUCCGAUAGUCCAGCGCAAGGGGGAGGUCACCCGCCUACAGUUUCGGCCGAUGCGAAAAGUGAAAUUGCGAGCACGACCCAGCAGGGUGCCCAUGCCUCUGGUGCCGAUACAAGCGGUGCUCCCAAGGUGAAAUCGGAGAAAGAGCUCGAGAAGGAGCGCAAAAAGGCAGAAAAGGUCGCCAAACUCGAGGCCAAGAAAGCGAAACAAGCUGCUGAGGCUGCUUCGAAACCUGUCAAGGAGAAGAAGGUCAAGGAGAAGAAGCCCGAGGAGGUCCUGCCCGAUUACGUCGAAGAAACACCAGCCGGCGAGAAGAAGCGCAUCCGAUCGUUCGACGACCCUCAUUUCAAGGCCUACAACCCGAUUGCUGUCGAAUCUGCCUGGUACAGCUGGUGGGAGAAGGAGGGUCUGUUCAAGCCUCGCUUCAAGGAGGACGGCUCUGUCAGGGAUGAAGGCAAAUUCGUCAUUGUCCACCCUCCCCCCAAUGUCACGGGAGCGCUUCACAUGGGUCACGCUUUAGGAGAUUCCCUUCAGGAUGUCUUGAUCAGGUGGAAUCGCAUGCAGGGCAAGACCACACUCUGGCUCCCUGGUUGCGACCAUGCUGGUAUUUCUACACAGAGCGUCGUGGAGAACAUGCUGUGGAGGCGCGAACAGAAAACUAGGCACGAUCUUGGACGAGAAAAGUUCAUUGAAACUGUCUGGGAGUGGAAAGGCGAAUAUCACAAGCGAAUCAACCAGGCUCUGUCUAGCAUGGGUGGCUCCUUUGACUGGAGCAGGGAGGCAUUCACAAUGGAUGAGGGCUUGACUGCUGCUGUCACAGAGACCUUUGUCAAGCUUCAUGAAGAGGGUACCAUCUACAGGGCCAAUCGACUUGUCAACUGGUGCACGAAGCUAAACACUGCCUUGUCCAACCUGGAGGUCCAGAACAAGGAGCUCACCGGUCGCACCCUGCUGGAUGUCCCGGGUUACGAAAAGAAGGUCGAGUUCGGCGUCAUUGUCCACUUCAAGUACCCGAUCGAGGGAUCCGAAGAGACCAUUGAGGUUGCGACGACCCGUAUCGAGACCAUGCUGGGUGACAGUGGUAUCGCUGUCAACCCCAAGGACGAGCGGUACAAGCACCUGGUUGGCAAGACUGCCAUUCACCCCUUCAUUGAGGGCCGCAAGCUUCCCAUCGUUGCGGACGACUACGUCGACGUCGAGUUUGGUACCGGUGCUGUGAAGCUGACACCAGCCCACGAUCCCAAUGAUUUCACCCUCGGUCAGCGCCACAACCUCGAGUUCAUCAAUAUCCUCACUGAUGACGGCUUGAUGAACGAAAAUGCUGGUUCGUACAAGGGCAUGAAGCGCUUCGAUGUCCGUUACGCUAUCCAGGACGACUUGAAGGCCAAAGGCCUGUUCGUUGACAAGAAGGACAAUGCGAUGAAGGUGCCUCAGUGUGAGAAGUCCAAGGAUAUCAUUGAGCCGCUCAUGAAGCCCCAAUGGUGGGUCAAGAUGAAGGAUCUAGCUGAGCCUGCCUUGAAGGUUGUCAGGGACGGCGAGAUCAAGAUUCGGCCGGACACAGCUGAGCGCAGCUACUUCCGCUGGCUUGAAGAUAUCAACGAUUGGUGCAUCAGUCGGCAGCUUUGGUGGGGUCAUCGAUGCCCUGUAUACUUCGCCAAAAUUGAGGGUGAAACGAACGACAGCACAGAUGCCAGCCGGUGGUUCUCUGGUCGCACACGAGAGGAGGCGGAGGCGAAAGCCCAGAAGGCCUUGCCAGGCAAGACCUUCACCCUGGAGCAGGACGAGGAUGUUCUUGACACUUGGUUCUCUUCGGGCUUGUGGCCUUUCAGCACCCUCGGCUGGCCAAAGAACACCAACGAUCUCGACAAGCUGUACCCUACCUCCGUACUGGAGACUGGAUGGGACAUUCUGUUCUUCUGGAUUGCUAGGAUGAUCAUGCUUGGUCUCAAAAUGACUGGCAAGGUUCCUUUCACCGAGGUCUACUGCCAUAGUCUUGUGCGCGACUCAGAGGGCCGCAAGAUGAGCAAGAGUCUGGGCAAUGUCGUUGACCCUCUUGAUGUCAUUUCCGGCAUCGAGCUUGACAAGCUGCACGAGAAGCUCUCUCAAGGCAACCUCCCGGCUAACGAGGUCACCAAGGCCACCAAGUACCAAAAGACAGCUUUCCCUGACGGCAUCCCCCAGUGCGGUGCCGAUGCCCUGCGCUUCACCAUGGUCAAUGCAACGACUGGCGGUGGUGACAUCAACCUGGACGUUAAAAUCAUCCACGGUUACCGCAAGUUCUGUAACAAGAUCUUCCAAGCUACCAAGUAUGUUCUGGGCAGCUUGCCAGAGGAUUUCAGGCCUGCUGCGAAGGGUAAUGUCCCUGGAAAGACCCUCGCUGAGCGAUGGAUUCUCCACAAGAUGACCGCGGCCGCCAAAGAGAUCAACCAGGCUUUGGCCGACCGCGAGUUCUCGAAAGCCACCAUUAUUGUGUAUCGCUACUGGUACAACGAAUUGUGCGACGUGUACAUCGAGAAUUCAAAGGCCAUCAUCCGUGAUGGUACGGAGGAAGAACGCCAGUCAGCGCUGCAGACUUUGUACACCACACUGGAGGCUGCUUUGGCCAUGAUUCACCCCUUCAUGCCCUAUCUCACUGAAGAAAUGUGGCAGCGCAUGCCGCGCAGGCCCAACGACGAUACCACGUCGAUCAUGAUUGCGAAAUACCCCACGUACGAUGCCGCAAUCGACGACCCUCAGGCAGAGACCGCCUACGAAGUCGUAUUGGAGUGCGCCAAGGGUGGGCGUUCCCUGAUGUCCGAGUAUGCCUUGAAGGACAAUGCCCAGCUCGCCGUGCAAGCAUACAACGACGAGACCUUGAAGACUGCGAAUGAUCAGAUCACCUCUAUCAAGACCCUCAUCGGCAAAGGUGUUGCUGACAUCAAGAUCGUUGGACCUGAUGAGGCUCGCCCCACUGGCAGCGUUGCCUACCCCGUGGGCAUGAACGCCACCGUCUUCCUGCACGUCAGUGGGCGUGUCGACUUUGACGCCGAGAUCGCCAAGGCUCAGAAGAAGCUCGACAAGGCGAUCUCAACCAUUGCUAGGCAGGAGAAGACCCUAAACGAGGCUUCCUACAAGGAGAAGUCAUCGGCUCAAACUCAGGAGCUCGACCAGUCGAGGUUGGCAGAAUCCAAGCAGGAGGCCAAGAGCUACGAGGAGACGAUUAAGCAAUUCGAGCAGCUCAAGCUCGAGUGA